AUGGCUUUGAUUCUUGAUGUUAACACCCAAGUUUAUCCAAUGUCUAUUGGAGACAAAUUCCGUUUCUUAUUAUGUACUACUCUUUAUGAGGAUGGAACAUCUGAUACAGGUGAAUACGAUCCGAAUAUCGAAGCAAAACGUUCACGAGCUGAUCAAUUUGAUUAUGUUAUGUAUGGACAAGUAUAUCGAAUUGAAGAUGAUCGAAGAACGACAGUUGUUUCCCAUUCUACCCAUGUAGAAGCAAAUAAUACUGGACCAAUCCUUGAUGAUGAUGAUGACGCUACAACGCAUAGUACGACUUUGUGCGUAUAUGUUUCCUUUGGAGGUCUUCUUAUGCGUUUGCAAGCCAAUGCAGAUCACUUACAACACUUUCAGAUGAGCUCAAAUAUCUACUUGAUGAUGAAAAAAGUGGCCUUUUGA